UUGUUCAUCCCUAAUUCACUUUACUUUUUGUUAUUGUGCCGAAGAACCAAUUUACUAAUCGCUAUAUAGUAUUUAUAUAUACUAUUCAGCUAUUCGGUUGACCUGCAGAGGAUCAGGUUAAUUCCAUGAGGUUGUGAUACAUAUAAAUACAUACGUAUACGUUUGCGGUGGCUUAUGGUGGAUUUGGCCGGUGGACAAGAUGUGGAAAGUGCUGCAGCGUUCGGGAAAUGCAGUUACUAAGCUUCCCAGGCGGUGUUCACCUGGCCGUCCGGAUGCAGUGCGUUUGGUAAGUGGCCAGGUGGAUCCGGCGGAUGAUCAGGUACUGCGGAAAAGGAAAUUUCAACCGCAACAGGCAGCUGAUCUUAGUGAAGAGUUGGCUGGUCAACUGCCAACCAAAGCCCGAGUGGUUAUAUGUGGCGGCGGUAUUACUGGAGCCUCGGUGGCCUACCACCUAGGACUGAGUGGCUGGGGCGGUGAAACACUGUUGGUGGAACAGGAUCGUGUGAGUGGCGAGCUACCGUGGACGGCCUGUGGAUUGGCUGGGCGCUUUGAACCCAGCUAUACGGAACUCAAGCUGGCCGAGUACUCCAUUGAUCUGAUCAAACGAUUGGCGGAGAGUGGUUUGCCCACAGGAUGGCGGCCAGUUGGUAGUCUGAAUCUCGCCCGCAGCUGGGAUCGUAUGACCGCUUUCAAUCGCAUGAAAUCCCAGGCUUUGGCGUGGGGCAUGCGCUGCGAAAUACUUUCUCCAGAGCAAUGUGCCCAACAUUGUGAACUCCUCUCGUUGGAUGGAAUUGAAGGUGGCCUAUGGAUACCCGAAGACGGAGUCUGUGACCCGCAACUCGUUUGCCAGGCCUACAUGUCUGAGGCGCAGCGAUUGGGAGUCCGCAUCGUGGAGCACUGUGCCAUUAAGAAGAUCCACAGCGAGCACGGCAAGGUGAGGAGUGUAGAGACAACAGCUGGCGAUGUGGAAUGCGAUUACUUUGUCAAUUGCACGGGCUUCUGGGCUCGUGAGGUGGGUACUUUGUCCAAACCGGUGGUGAAAGUGCCACUGAAGGCGGUAGAACAUCACUAUCUGCACACGAAACCCAUUGAGGGACUUAGUCCGGACACGCCCUUCGUCAGAGACUUCGAUGGACGCAUCUUCUUCCGAGAGUGUGAAGGUCACAUUCUCGCCGGCGGUUUCGAACGUGAGGCCAAGAUGGUCUACGAGGAUGGUGUAAUACCACUGUCGCAGACAGCCCGCCAACAUCCGCCGGACUGGGAUCACUUCCAUGAGCUGCUGGACGCUUUAUUGCUAAGAGUUCCUUCCUUUAGAGACGCCACGUUGGAUAGGCUCACGAACUCCUUGCAGGUCUUCUCUCCAGAUUGCAAAUGGAUCCUAGGCGAAGCCCCAGAAAUACAAAAUUACUAUGUGGCGGCAGGCAAUAAGACAAUGGGUGUAUCGGCUUCCGGUGGUAUUGGACGCGUCCUUACCGAUUUGAUAACCAAGGGCUCUACCUUUCUGGAUCUGCACAUCCUAGAUAUCACUCGAUUUCUAGGGUUACAUAACAAUCGAAAGUUUCUGCGGGAUCGCUGCAAGGAGGCACCGGGCAAGCACUUCGAGAUCAAUUACCCAUUUGAGGAGUUCCAGACCGGCCGGAAUCUGCGCAUGUCACCCAUCUAUCCGCAGCUCAAGGAGGCAGGCGCCGUUUUUGGGCAGUCGAUGGGCUAUGAACGACCCAAUUACUUCGAUCAGCAGGACAAACAAGAUGAAUUUGGGUUGCCGCGUUUCCGGAUUGCGCAAACCAGAACCUUUGGCAAGCCGCCGUGGUUCGAUCACGUGGCCUCCGAAUAUCGAGCAUGCAGGGAACGCAUUGGCAUCGCAGACUACAGCUCCUUUACCAAGUAUGACUUCUGGUCAAAGGGCAACGAGGUAGUUGAGCUGCUGCAAUACCUUUGCUCCAAUGAUGUGGACGUGGCUGUUGGCUCCAUAAUUCACACCGGCAUGCAGAAUCCCAAUGGUGGCUACGAGAACGAUUGCUCCUUGGCUCGGCUCUCUGAGAGGCACUACAUGAUGAUUGCACCCACCAUCCAGCAGACCCGUUCAAUGUGCUGGAUACGAAAACAUAUGCCCGAUCACCUCAGGGCCAAGGUGAAUGUUGCGGAUGUGACCUCUAUGUACACAGCUAUCUGCAUCCUGGGACCCUAUUCGAGAAUUCUGCUCUCAGAGCUUUCUGACACUGAUCUCACGCCCAAAAGCUUUCCCUUCUUUACGUACAAGGAACUGGAUGUGGGCUUGGCCGACGGUAUCAGAGUGCUGAAUAUAACCCACACGGGUGAGUUGGGUUAUGUCCUCUAUAUCCCCAACGAAUAUGCUCUGCAUGUGUAUUCUCGACUUUACCAGGCAGGCCAAAGGUUCAACAUACAGCAUGCAGGUUACUACGCCACCCGAGCCCUGCGCAUUGAAAAGUUUUAUGCCUUUUGGGGCCAGGAUCUGGACACCUUUACCACGCCGCUGGAGUGCGGACGCAGUUGGCGCGUCAAGUUGAAUAAACCCAUCGACUUCAUUGGUCGUAAUGCACUGCUCAAACAGCGCGAGGAGGGCGUUAAGCGAAUGUAUGUGCAGCUGUUGCUGAACGACCACGACCACGAGGUGGAUAUGUGGUGCUGGGGCGGCGAACCCAUCUACCGCGAUGGAGUUUACGUGGGUAUGACCACCACCACUGGCUAUGGUUACACGUUCGAGAAGCAAGUAUGCCUCGGAUUCGUGCGCAACUUCGACGACGAGGGACGAGAGCUGGCGGUGACCAAUGAAUACGUAUUGUCCGGCCACUAUGAAGUAGAGGUGGCCGGCGUGCGGUUCGAGGCCAAGGUCAAUCUGCAUUCACCUAAUCUACCCACCAAGUUCCCGGAUCGGGAACGCGAAGCCUAUCACGCCACGCGCGACAAGCCGGACGAGACGGAUCUGUUAUCGUUCGGCGGUUUCACCACGGUCAAAGGCACCGGAACGCCAACGGACGGGCACGGACUUUAGGAAGUGUCGCGGAGCUGGGCUCCUGACCAAUAAUAUAUAUUAUCCGCCAUCUGGCCAGGCCAAGCAAGAGGCCCUUCGUUCAUUUCUAGUUCAACUCGAGAGUCUCAAAAGCAAAGCGCGAUAUUAUUCGGUUUAGUACGUUAAGGAAUCGAGGAAUAUGAGCCAGGUAAAUGGUUGCCAAAAUUCAAUAGUAAUUGCUAUAAAAUAUACUUUUCCUGUAGCCCAAAAAGAAACAUUUGAAAUAAUCAUUUGACCUUAAAACUUAAGAAACUUAGUCUCGAUUUCGUGUUGAUGAUGAACAUAACAAAUCAGGAAAAGUAUAUUUUAUGCUGAAACCGUAGAUUUGGUGGAAGUUUGUUACGAGUAAGGCAGCUAUUUGCAUGCUCAGUCAGUAGAUUUGAUAUGAUUAACAAGGGCAUUCGUGGUUACUGUGGUUUGGGUUUUAUUUAAAUUGAAGAAAAUGUUUUGUAAAAUGAUUUGGUUACCAAAGUAAACAUCGAAACUAUUUGUAAAAAAGCCCAAGAAAGCCAAGCUCUAUAUCUAUAUCUUGUUCUCUCUUGAGUUUCCGUUUUGUUCGUCUAUCAUCAGACGUUAAGUGUCAAUUAAACAUUAAAAAUAGUGUAUAAAUGCGGUUAUAUGUCCGUGUAUAUCUAAGAAUCUUCCGUGAUAUUGGAAUAAUUAAGGAUUGUAUGCACAUUGUUAAAAAGAAAACAGCACAAAAGAAAAAAAAAUGUUAAAAUAUUUGCUCAAAGCUGGCUUUGCUUCUACUUUAGACAAGGCAAACUCUAUAGUUGGAAAACAAAAUUAAUGAAAAUUUACAUAGAUAAGCGAUAAAUAUGAAAUGUUUUUGAGCAGUUUUGCAAAAAGUUUUGAUUGACGUUUUUUUUUUCUACUAACCCAGACGAUUGACUUUGUAUAUGAUGGUGUGAGAUUGUGUAGAACUUACACCAUAUUAUAAAUCAUAUUGUACUAUAUUUAUACAAAUACAUUUACUGUUUACAAAA